CUCAAAAGCUCAGUAAGUCGUUUGACCAAAAAGUUGAUGAGCCUCCUCUUUUUUUUCCUUCCUGUCUUGAUUCCUCUGUACGAUCUGUGUUGACUGUUGUCGAGUAGCUAGCAGUCAGUGGGCACAGAACGUUACGUUGACCGAAUGGACCCCUUGGCCUAAACGUCCUGGAUGGUUGUGAAACAAAAUAGCAGGAUGCUAAAGUCUUUUUUUAAAUUUAUGAGAAGAAAUGGUCAGCCAGGUCUGGCAGCUUUGCCAUCUCCUCCACCACAAGCUGGUCUCAGAUUUAGAGAUACACUGCCUGUUUUCCCGUCAUCCAAAGGCAAAUUAUGGCACGCGACGUCUAAUGUGACAUUGUCCUUGGGCGGAGUGAUUGGCCAGUUGCUUGUAUGGAAAUUGUCCGAAACGAAAGUGUACAAUCAAGAAUAUUUUCAAGAAUCAGUUCUGGACCGCGUUCCCGGCACGCCGAUCAUCUCGGCGAGCAAUCACAAGGCCGUUACAGAUGAUUGGUUACUCUGCUCUAUCCUGGGAACUCACAAGCAAGCCUUGACAGGUGAUAUGAGAUAUGUCAUGGGUGCAGAGGAGGUCAUGUUCUGGUCUUAUAAGUUGGCACACAUAUGCGCCAUUGCACACAUCCUGCCCAUAAGGCGUGGAUUUGGUGUGUACCAGCCAGUUAUGGAUGAAGCAAUUAAUUUGUUGGGUCAAGGCCGCUGGCUACAUAUCUACCCUCAGGGCCGUAUCCUUCACAAGCGAGAAGAAGAUGCUACACAACGACUGAAAUGGGGCAUCGGACGCUUAGUUGCAGACUGCCCAACGUUCCCUGCUCCUAAAAUCUUACCCAUGUGGCAUGUUGGCAUGGAUGAUUUCAUGCCCAACGUAAGGCCCUAUCGCAUGCACCUUGGCCAGAGGAUCACACUAGUCCUAGGCAAAGCGAUGGACUUCACAGAUCAGCUGAAGGAGAUGCGUGAGAGAAAUUGUAGUCAAAUGAGAAUCCGAAAGCAGAUUACUGAUCAAGUUCAAGACCGCCUGUCAGAAAUCCGUGAGGAAGCCUGGGCUUUGCAUGAUGCUCGUUCCUGAGCAAAGGUUGUAUAGUACAAGAAGUACUCGAAAGUGUGUGUGUAUAUACAAACACUCGGGUAGUACGAACAAUAUAUACAGUGUCACUGUUGUACAGAUGGUACAGUGUAAUGCAACGGUGGAACACGUCUCAAUAUGUACAGGGAGCUUGUCAGGAAUGCAUGCACUAGUGACUAUGGCAUGGAUGAUGUGUCAUGCGGAGGCAGCUUGUGCAGUAGCUGGCGCUGAUGCAGCAGCACUGCAAUGAUUCGUAACGAAGUCCACGAACGGCACGAGUCCUUGCGGCGUGUAUUCCUUCAUGGCAACUGACAGCAGCAGCGGCUUUGCCAGGCCCGUCUUGGACAGCGACUCGACAAGACUACGUGCAUACACCAGCAUACCCUGUGCAGGUAGUGCAUGAGAGCAAGAAACCGAGCGGUGAUGAGAACUCAUACUAACAUCACCCUUGAGGGAUUUUUAAGAUAGGAACAAACAGCUGGAUAGUAUAGCUGCAGUGACUUUUAGGCUACAGUCUGUGUGCGGUGUGUUCAUCAUGAAAUUAGCAAACUUGCAUUGCAUAGCACUUGUCAUAGUUAUAUUCUUUCCUGCUGCCAAUGUUGAUGCUGUAGCUGUGAUUAUGUCUGCUGCUGGACCUUAAUUUUUAUCAUGGCUAAAAUGCCAUGUUUUAUGAUUUAACCAGACAUGUCCUGUUAUAGGGACUUGGUGUUCUAUCUUUUCAAACUUUACUCUGUUUCUAUGUACAAUAGAUUAUAUCCCUACUCAGUCCAGCACUUGUUCGGUAGGGAAAGUAUUCCUUACAGUCUAUGCACACUAGAUUAUAUCCCUACUCAGUCCAGCACUUGUUCGGUAGGGAAAGUAUUCCUUACAGUCAUUUAAAAACUAGCCUCUUUUUACGGGCAAAAUAAACACAAUGGAUUCUUGUGGCGAAGGAAAUUAUUAUGAGUCAUGCUCACCUGAAGAUAACGUGAAGAAUGUAUUUCUUACGCAGAACUACGACCGAUCAGUACACUACAUGUACACAUUCUAUUCUGCUGGUUCUUAUUCCUAUGUUUUACACACUCACCUCGUUUUCUUCACCAAGAAGUGGCCGAACUGUGUAUGUUUCAAGCUGA